UCUACACAGAUGUCAGCAGAUGUCCUUGCUCCUGCUUCUGUUAUGUCUGAUGUGCUCGAGCCUAUUGUGCCUUCCUUGAGUUCUCCUGAGUUGCCAACAGUGUGCCAGGAGAAUUUGUGCCACAAUGGAGGAACUUGCAAUCACAUCCAGCUGCCUACUGGGGCCACAUCAUUUCAGUGUGACUGCCCUUUACAUUUCACUGGGCGCUUCUGUGAAAAAGACACAACAUUGUUUUUUCCAUCCUUCAAUGGGAACUCUUAUUUAGAACUGCCUUCAGUAACAACAGUAUCCAAGAACCUGAUUGCACUGGGGCAGGAACCAAAGAGAAUUACAACUAUAUACUUGACAGUGAAGACAACUGCUUUAAAUGGAACUAUCCUUUACACCAAUGAAAAAAAAUUUGGAGAACAGUUUCUUCAUCUGUUUCUUGAGGAAGGACAGCCAAUGGUUCGAUUCGGGUGUGGCAACUCACAAAAUAUUCUGGCUGUGUCCGUAAAUCAAUCUAUUAGUAAAGAUGUACUUUCAUCAAUCACAAUAAGCUAUAUGUUGCCUGUUGGCAGUCUUGGAGGUUAUUGUAUGAUUAAAAUGGCUGCAGAUGGAAAUCCUCCUGUACAACACAGAGUUUUUGUGUCAUAUCCUGCAUCUCAGAGCACCUUUGGAUCAAUCUUCCUUGGAAACGUUCCCCCUACUCAAGCUGUGGUCCACCAGAAUGCAGGGGAGAUUCAUGGCUACAGAGGCUGUAUUAGAGAAUUUCAAGUAAACGACAAAGAACUAUAUAUCAUCAAUGAGGCCCUAAGUGGAAGGAACAUUGAGAACUGCAAUGUCCCUGUCUGUGAUUAUCAUCCAUGUCACAAUGGUGGUACCUGCACCAGUGAUACAGAAAACUGGUUCUGUGAGUGCCCUGGACUCUACUCUGGAAAACUUUGUCAGCUGACAACUUGUGAUGAGAAUCCAUGUGGGAACGGUGCUACUUGUUUUCCAAAAUCCAGCCAAGAUGUUGUUUGUCUUUGUCCUUAUGGAAAAACUGGAAUCUUCUGCAAUGAUGCUAUUAAUAUUACCGAGCCCAGUUUCAGUGGCACUAAUGUCUUUGGCUAUACAUCAUUCCUAGCCUAUUCAGCAAUCCCAAAUAUCAGCUUCUACUAUGAAUUCCGCCUGAAAUUUCAAUUGGCAAACCACGACUCAGCAAUACGAGAUAAUCUGAUAUUUUUCACUGGACAGAAAGGCCAAGGUCUCAAUGGGGAUGAUUUCCUGGUGCUAGGCUUGUGGAAUGGCAGUGUGGUGUACAGCUACAACCUGGGCUCUGGCACAGCCACUCUCAUUAGUCAGCCACUUGAUCUGACACUCAGCACUCAUGUGAUCCAUCUUGGUAGAUCUCUCCGAACAGGCUGGUUGAAGGUGGACGAUCACAAGAAUAAAUCUGUCACAGCUCCUGGAAAGUUGGUUGGGCUCAAUGUCUUCAGUCAAUUUUAUGUAGGUGGUUACAUUGAAUACACACCUGAACUCCUCCCAAAUGGAUCCAAAUUUGAGAAUGGCUUUCUAGGCUGCAUUUUUGACAUAGAAGUUCGCACUGGAAAGGAUCACCAGUUUAAACCACUAGGGACUCUGGAAAGCCAUCCCAAUGCAGGUCGCAGUGUAGGACAAUGUGAAGAUUCCCCAUGUAGUUUAAUAAAAUGCAAGAAUGGAGGAAUAUGCAUGGAAAGUGGCUCUACUGUUUACUGUGACUGUCCCACCGAAUGGAAAGGAGCGUUUUGCACUGAGACAGUAUCAGCCUGUGAUCCUGAGCAUAACCCAUCACAUCUAUGUAGGAAGGGGGCUACCUGUGUGCCACUGCCUGAUGGAUAUGCAUGUCACUGCCCUCUAGGAACCACUGGCACCUUCUGUGAACAAGCCUUAUCCAUAAGUGACGCAUCUUUCAGAAGUAAUGAAUCAUCUUGGAUGUCAUUUGCUUCCUUUCAUAUCCGACACAAGACUCACAUCCAGCUACAAUUUCAGCCCAUUUUGGCAGAUGGUAUCCUUUUUUACACUGCCCAACACCUUAGCCCUCGAUCAGGUGAUUUUCUAUGUAUAUCCUUAGUAAAUGGAUAUGUGCAGCUACGCUACAGCCUUGGCGACAAGACGGUCAUCUUACAGUCUCUUCAAAACAUACAUACAAAUGGAAGUACAUGGCAUUUCCUUAAAGCAGGAAGAGUAGGUAAUGAAGGUUACCUGGAUCUGGAUGGUGUCAUCAUUACCCAGAAAGCCAGUGCUGGAAUGACUGCCCUAGACAUAAAGACAGAUUUCUAUGUUGGAGGAGUGUCAUCCUUAAAUCUUGUCAAUUCAAUGGCAACAGAGAAUGAACCCACUGGUUUCAGCGGGUGCAUACGUGAAAUUAUCAUAAACAACAGGGAACUAAAACUCACUGACAGAGAUCCUACUGAUGGUGCCAAUGUAGGUGAUUGUGAUGGAACUGUUUGUGGAUAUACGGUGUGCAAAAAUAAUGGUAAAUGUCAAAUUCAAAACUCAAGCUUUUCUUGCUCUUGUCCACAAUCCUGGACAGGGAACACAUGUGAACAGUCUGUUUACUGUUCAAAAAAUAGGUGUCUGCACCAGGCUCUUUGUAUUCCUGAUCCCAUUAUAUUUUCAUACAGUUGUGCAUGUACACUAGGAUGGUCAGGCUCAUACUGUGACAAUGAAACCUCAUUCUCAACUGCAAGAUUUGCAGGUAAUUCAUACAUAAAAUACAUGGAUCCUCAUUAUGAAGAGAGAGACCUCAAACUUACAAGUGUAUCUUUAAAUUUUACUACCAGUCAGAGUGAAGGCUUAAUUUUAUGGAUGGGAAAAGCUGAAGAUGAAGACAAUGAUUUCCUUGCAAUUGGUCUUACUAAUGGGACCUUGAAAGUUGUGGUUAAUCUUGGAGAAAGAAUCUCUGUCCCUUUAAUUUAUAGUAAACGUUCCCUUUGCUGCAAGAAAUGGCAUUUUAUUACCACAGCUCAAAACCAGACUUCUGUUAAAGUGUUCCUUGAUGAGUAUCUGAUUCUCUUUGAUGAUAUUGACCCACAAAGAAAAUACAUUGCUUUAAACUAUGGAGGCAUUUGCUAUUUUGGUGGGUUUGAACUUGACAGAAAAAUAAGCAUAGUCACUUUAGGGCUUUUUAGUCAUCCUCUGGUCGGUAAAAUUAAAGAUGUGGUACUCUUUCAAGAUUCUAAAAAGAUUCCAUUAAGUAAAGCAGAAGGCUACAAUGUUUAUGAUGGAGACAGGGAUUAAUUGAAAAAAAAAUAAGUUUAAAAAAAUCCUCACAUACAGAUGUGCAGGUUUAUGUUCCAGUCUCAACUGGCUAGUAGUAUUAGAUAGAGACUCCUUUUAAGUAACAAGCUUAAUGGUAUUAUGCACGCAUGUUAAUUGCUUGCUACUAUAAACUAUCUUUUUAUAUGGCUGGAAAAUAAAAAAUGGUCAAAUUUACUAAUGGGCUACUAAUCUCAUUUCUAGAUAGUUUGAAAACAGAAAACUGAUUUUUAUAGAUUCUGCCUGAAAUUGUUUUGUACUCAAACUGAUAGUUUACAAGAAUGCAAAUCUAGCGUUAAAAACAUUUGAACCUUAUGAGAACAAAAAUAUUUACUCUUUUACACCUACCACUUUAAAUUUUGAAAAUUAAAGAACUUGGAAAUGUACUUUAAUUUCUCUUUUACUAUGAUGAUAUAGGUUAUGUCUUUAAGAUGAAAGUUAACAUGCAAAAAGCACCACUGCUUAAAAAAAGGCACUAGAGAUUUUUUUCAACAUUUCCUAAGUAGACUUACAUAAAAAGCACAUUUUCUUUUUAAAAGACAGCAGCCAAAUUUUAAAAAGCUCAUCAUCCAAAUUACUCAUUUAAGCACUGAGGGCUUAUCUAUAUAGGAAAUUCACACAGAAGUUAGUGUUAAAUAACUACAGCAUGAAUUUAAAGUGCAAUAGCUCUUCUGCGCUGAUUCCACUUGUAGAGACACUAUUUUGCACGAAUGUGUCGUCAAAGCUAGAGGUGCAGUUUUCAGCUGGAAGCCUUUUCUACAAGACACCGGCAAAGCAUAUUAGAGGGUUGUGAUCUGUAGGAGCUCUAACAUGUCACACUAACUACCCUUCUGACAUUUUCUAAAAUAUACCUCUUCUACUUCUUGAACCCUUAUAUUCCGAGUUUGUGUUAAAACAGCCCUGCUUCAAACGGGAAUACAUUGAUAUAAAUGAGGUACUAGAAUGAACCACAAGGGGCAAUCAAGAGUGGCAUGUUAAUGCCCUUUACAAAUCAUCUUUGGUGAGCUUUUCUGCAUUAUGUUGACAAAGCCUUAAAGGUAUAUAAUGCAGGGAAAGCUCAGAAUAGCUCUAGGAGUGGACACCCUUAAUCUGUGUUAGAAUGCCUUUGGAAGUGGAUUAAAUAAAAAUGCACACUCAUAAGUAUGUCCACACUGGAGCUGGAAGAAAUAAUUUCUCCCUUGAUUAUACAUGAUUAGGCUUGUUUCCAUCCAGCAAGUGUGCCAAAACAGAUGUGUAACUGUGACAGCACAAGUAAUAUGAGAAGCUAGCCACUUGAGCACGUUACCAUCUUGGUUGGCAUCAUGCUUGGAGUCCAUGUAUUAGCCUAAUGGUGGGCAAUAAUUUUUGAUGGAGGGCUACUCCAAGAUUUUGGAAUAUGGUCAAGGGCCUCGCUAUUCUAUGAUAUUAAUGGAGGAAGUGCAGAGUCUGGGAUGGAGGUUGAGUGCAGAAGGAAGCUUGGGGUAAGGGCUUGGGGGCGCACAAGGGCAUGUGGGAUCUGGAAGGGGGCAAUUGUGACCAGGGGAGGGAAUUGGGGUGCAGGAGUUUGGGUUGUGACUUGGGGUAGGCAAUUGGGGUGCAGAAUCUGGGAGGGGAUAUGGGUUCAGGAGGAGGCAGAGGGUUUGGCUUAUGUGGGGUGGCAGCGGGUUGCAGGGAGGGAGGGAGGCAGAGGCUGUGGUGCCAGAGGCAAGCUCUAACCCAGAGACUUUCCUGGGUGACUCCCAGCCCGCAAGCCAGCACAUUUCUCAGGCAGGCUCCUUGCCUGCCCCAUCCCUGUGUCUGAACGUGCCCCCAUGUGCAUCUCUGAAUAAGAGCCUGAGGGGAGGAGGAAGUAAUUCUUUGCACACUGCCUGUUCUUCAAACAGACAGCUCCCAUUGUCCAGAAACUGGCCAAUGGGAUUGUGCUGGGGAAGGAACAGUGCAUGAAGCCUCUCCCCCUCCUCUCCCACAGCUGUGGGACACAAACAGCCUGGCAGCUGCUUUUCUGAGCAGCAUGGGGAGCAGGGAAUCUGCCUGAGGCUCCCCACUGCGUUCACAGGCCUGAUCUGGUGGUAUGGGGAGCUGGCUCCAGACUGCUGGCUCUAUUUUGCCCAAGCCUGUAUUAGCCUAACCUGCCACUUGUCACCAUAGCUACCCUUCUCUUUUGAGCAUGUUAGCUCCAGAAAAGCUGUGGUUAUGUCUGACUGAGCUGGAAAUUACUUCUUCAAGCUCCAGUUUCAACAUACCUUAUGAAUAUGCCCUUUUAAGGUAUGGGUUAAUCUACUUCCAAAGAGCACUCAACUAUACUUUGUGUGUCCAUACAAACAGCUACUCUGGGCUUUUUACUCACUAUGUAGACAAGCCCUUGUUGCUAUCCUUUUCUUCUCAAUGGGAAGUGCUAAUGAGUUCUUUUGGAAAAUCUGUCCAUUUCAAAUUAGAUGCCUAAAAUGAGAGCUGAUCUCUUUCAAAAACCCGGCCCUUUAUAAGUUAGUUAUUAGAAUAGCAGAACUUUCUCCAUAGAUGGGUAUUGUCCUGCUAAAAUUGUAGAUUUUAGGUAAUAGAUGUUUAAAGCUACAAAGGACACUGAUGAUUAUAUAGUCUGACCUCCUGAAUAACAGGCCACAGCAUUUCUCCCUGUAAUUUCUGCAUCAAGCCCAUAACUUCUAGUUGAUCUACAUAAUACCAUUUAGGAAGAUCUCUGCUCUUGAUAUAAAGAGUAGAACUAACGGAAAAUGUAGCCCACUGUUUAUUUGUUACUAUGAUUAAUUACUCUGUUGUUUAAAUUGAUGCUUUAUUUAUAAUUUGAAUUUAUCUAGCUUCAGCUCUCAGCUGGACUAAUACAAAAAGAAACAUUCUAUAUUAAAAUCAACACACAAAGGCACUAGACUUCAAAUGUCGCAUUUAGGAAAAUUUAAAUCUUUUUCACAUGUGUAAUUUUAAAACUGUAUAUAUUUUAAUGCACAGUCAGAUUAUAUCUAAUAAUUAUGGCAAAAGCCUGAAAAACAUUUAAUCUCAUGGUCUCCUCACCCACUUGUUUAGCCCAACAUUCUUAAGUACAUGGUAUUAGUAAAGAAACAGAAAGACAAACAGACAUAAAAAACCAGUCCUCAGGAAUGGUGAUGGAGCACAGGUUGCCCAGUUUUACUGGGAAUUCCUGGAAACUAUCUGGAAAUAGUAUACAAAAAACUAACUACAUUUACCUGAGUUUUAUUUACACAUACACAAAACUGUCUACUACUGUCAUCCAAAAUCCAGUACUUUUCCCAUUUUAAUAUCAAAAACUUUUAGUCUUAGUUUCUCUUUAAAACUGCCUAUAAAUCCAGCCUUUGUGGAAUAACAUCACACACACACACACACACACACACACACACCAUGCUUUAUAGAAAAACACUGCAGUUUUCCUUCAGUGUAGGUAGUGUUUUCCAAGAUGUGUAGGAGAGUCAGACACAGAUCUACCCACUGAAGUUCAAUUCUCAUGGCAGUUUAAAAUCUCAACCAUAGACCUUUUAUACUAAGAAAGCAAAUUAAAUUCAUUUUGUAAAUGCCUAGUUGUGUAUUUUAAUGAACAAUAAAACAGAAACUUGUAUUAUAUUUCAUGCGUUCAGUGGCUGUCAAUGCCAUUUAAGUUUUUAAAUUUCAAUUGACUGCUAGUAAUUUACUGUAUAAAUGAAAUGUUUACAUCAAAAACAAUAGCGGUGGAUUUCUACCUUCUUCCCUUUUCACUUUUAUUACAGCUCAAGUUCUCUUCUCAAAGUAGGAAUUAACUC